AUGGGGAGUGUGGCUGGUUCGGGUAGUAAUAGGAGUGGUGGUCGUCGUCCUUGGAACUCGGGAAGAUACAGGUUGAGGGUAGAAAAGGAAUUUUGGGCUGGGCCGUGUUUUCUAAAUUCUCCUCCAUCAACGGCUGUGCCCAUCCCUAAGUUUCAUUCACCUUCGUCUUCGUCUUCGUCGAGUUCCUCGUCUUUUGGGUUGUCGAGUCCCUCGUCUGAUGGGAGUGAGAGUAGUGAAUUUAGGUCUGAUGAUCAAUUUCAGAGUGCGACUCAGGUUUUGUGUAGUCUACUCCAUAUUGGGGUUGAGCGUGUCGAGGGGAAUUCUACUAGUUAA